AUGUGCAGUACCGUGGAAGGGCUCUAUGUUUGUCAUCGUCUCAUCCGCGGCUCUGGGAUUGACUCUCAAGUCAGCAGCAUUUCAGACACUACCAGCUCUCACUUGGGACUUUGUGCCUUUCCCUUGAAAUGUGGAGCCAGGGCUUGGGGCUUUGCUGAGGACAAACCUGGGAGCUGCAUCUGUACGGUGGUGGGGUCAAAUCACAUGGUAGACUGUUCAACACUGACUCUGAAAUGCUUGCUGGUGAAGGCAGAAAUGGCCUCCCUGAAGGAGAAGUGCUUCUUGGGCUGUCCUCGGGGCCUCUUGGAUAAUGAUGGCACUUACUGUCCCAGCUGUGAGGACAGUGGUAUCUUCAAAGCCAGGCAGUGCAAUCAAACGGAUAUUUGCUGGUGUGUGACCACUGCUGGAAUAAGAACAGAAAUCCAAAUCUGCCUGAACCAGAAUAAGAAAUCUAGCUGUGAGGUAGCUAUAGCUGAUGUAGCCUAUUACUUUGAAAAUGAUAUAAAAGGUGACUCUGUAUUUCAUUCUAAAAGUACAUUAACGUCCAUCAACAGAGAUGCUCUGUAGAUUGAAACAUUACAGAUUUACUAUGUUGAUGAACAGCCACUGGAGUUUUGCAUGAGACAGCUGGUUGCUGGCAUCAGUGCUGUGGUGAUAGUGGUGAUGCUGAAUGCUGGCUUUGGUAAUACUCUGCUGGUUGUUCUGAGGUGGCUGCAGACAAAGAAAUAUGAGAAAGUUGAGAUUAAUGAAAUGAGUGAAAUAAACCCAGCAAGCUUUCAGCUAUCCUGAACUCAAAAAAUGCAACAGGAAGAAAAUAUUUUAAAAAAGCACAAAAUACAAAUAGCAAACAGACUAAAUAUGUGGAUGGAUUGGUGUUUCUUUGCUGCACGAAUCUGUACAGUGAUGGUUCUAAAUUAUUCUAGUUGAAUAAGAAUGACUAUUGGUUUUAGGGAUAAACUAAUUUAGGAGUCAGUUACCUAAGUAUUUUAAAUAAGUCUCAAUGUAGAGGCUAAGAAAACUGCUACAGGGGUCUAUUUAGCAUAAGGUAGAACACUUUGGAAGUACUGCAGGCCUGGUUUGGCUUUUGUUAAAUAUUCUCUGAGUGGGUCUUGGUUGUAUCUACUUACUGAAAUUCAAUUGCCUUGGCAUUAUUGGGUUAUAUAGCUGCUUUGCUGUUGGUAAAGACUCGUUAAAAAAUGGUUGGAGGGGGGAGAUUGUUUAAAGUUGAUGGAACUUUUUUUAUCAACAAAUAAUUUAAUAAAUAUUACUAAAUAACAAAAGAAGGUUGUGAUAUGUUACAGCACCAGAGGCUUUUAUCCAGAGUAAUUUGUUAGGAAACAUUUCUGCGGUCACUUCCAGGUGCAGAAAUCCCCAGCUUCCCAUUUUGUAUUCAGGC